CUCCAUCCACCCAGCGCACCCUCCUCGCCCACCUACAUCCUCACCCAAUACCGCAAUCAUGCCUGGAGUCUCCGUUCGCGAUGUCCCUGCCGACAAGUUCAUCGACGCCUACGCUGCCUUCUUGAAGCGUCAAGGAAAGCUGCCAAUUCCAGGUUGGUCCGACACUGUCAAGACCUCCCACGCAAAGGAGCUUCCACCACAGAGCCAGGACUGGUUCUACAUUCGCUCCGCUGCCGUCGCCCGCCACAUUUAUCUGCGCAAGACUGUCGGUAUCGGCCGCCUGAGGAAGGUGCACGGUGGCACCAAGAACCGUGGCUCGCGCCCAUCGCACCACGUCGAUGCUUCUGGCUCCGUCGACCGCAAGGUCUGCCAGGCUCUCGAGAAGAUCGGUGUCCUCGAGACCGAUGAGGAGAAGGGUGGCCGUCGCAUCACUCAGUCCGGUCAGCGUGAUUUGGACCGUAUCGCCCAGACUACUGUUGAGGCCGAGGAGGAUGACGAGGAUGACGAGUAAAUGUUACUGCUCUCUUCAUGACCAAAAGCUAUCCCGUCCGAGGUGCAAGACAGGGGAAUUCGAUGCAUUUGCAUGGCGCGGCGUUGCGGAUGGCCUGACAGCGGAAUAGCUGCAGCGCGCAGGAGCCGGCUUUAGUGACUGAAUGAACCAGCUUGAUACCCAAUUUCAGUCUUCUGCCGCUUCUUACUUGCUAUCUCGCCUCUUGUUUAUGAAACUUAUCGCGCCAGUGAACACGGUACUUCCUGCAACACCUGGAGGCGCUGCACCCGACGUAAUUACAAAGCCACGACAUGCGACUGAACAGUGAACACUAGCAAUACAGCUGAAGGACAAAAGUUUUGAGAAACUCCGCUGUAUGAAUUCUGCCAAAGGUACCUACGCAGGGGACAGAUUUGAAGCCUGAUCACCC